UCGAUUCCCAGACUGAGUGUGCUGGGGCGACAUGCCGGGGCAGGUCAACGUGUACCUGCGCCAAGAGAGUACAUCGAAGGUGUUCAAGCCAAGGCCCACGCUUUCCAACGGAAUGUCCAAGAGGCGGCUCUUGGACACCACCACUAGGCAAUGGCAAUUCUGGACCUGCUGAAGUGCACGUGCCGAUCCUGGCCGGGCAAACGCCUUUCUUGCAGGACGAGUGUAGCCCGUCGUGGGCGCGUUUGUCGUCCUUGCGACCUUGAACGCAACCAAACUUGUCCAAGUGCAAUUUUGUUGAUGGCUCGGUACUCUCGUCGCGGUCGGCACGCAGUCAGGUCUCUAACGUCAUAUAAACCAUGGAUGGAUGGCAAAGCUGGUCGACAAGGCGCUAUUGCAACGAAUUAGCAGUCUCCUGUGUAUCCAUCGGGAUCGCUCUGUAGUUUGCCAAGGGGAUUGAGCCAUCUCGUUCAACUCUAAAAGACGGUAAGAGGUCAUCUAGUUUCUCACGGGCGGUGUCCGGGUCCGCCCGAGUUUGUGUUUUUGGCUUGGCUUGCUCUUUUACCUUCGUUGGGACUUUGAUAUUUUCACCAUGAAACGAAACGGCUUCGACUUGGUGGCGCAUGCACAGUACUUGGCCAGCGUCGCGGCGCGCGUCGCGGGAGGAGAAGACCCACGUGCCAUUCCAUCCUACCGCAAACACAAAUACCAUCUCCAACGGCAGCACCAAGCAGCAGCUCUCGCCGGAACCAUCGAGCCAUCGGUGGAACUGGCGCUCCCUUCCGUUGAAGACGUCGCGGUCACGGUGCCGGGACAACCGUCUGUGUGCUGCUGCCCUGAACAUGACACAGUGGUGAUGUCCACCGAUGCAACCAUGUCGAAAAGUUGCAACGAGUUCGGCGACCCAGCCGUCCAAGCACGACAUGCAUACCUCAUGCAGCUCAUCUGUCCCGCCUUGCGCCACACCAAAACAAUCUCCCUCCACACUGUACCGACCCACGCAGCCGACGCCUUGCAGCAAGCCCGCCCAUGCGCUCGAGACGGGGCGUCCUUGACAACAUGUGGGGACGUGCUCGUGCUGUUUGGAGGGUGUUACAUCGCCGAUCCAUCGCUCCUACAUCCACGCACGCUUGUUCCGCCGCGCCAAACGGCCAAAAGCACCGUAUUCUACUCGCAUCAUGUCUUUUGCUACAUGCCAGAGUCGAACGUGUGGGACGUGCCCCGCCUGAGUGGAUCGUUUCCCCCAGGCCGCGCGGACCAUUCGGCGGUAUACGUUGCCGCCAGCUCGACUUUGAUCGUGUUUGGGGGCCGGGGCAAGCAUGCCGUCGUGUUCCAGGACCUCUUUUGUUUGCGCGUCCAUGGCGGCGGCAUCUGGACGUGGUCCGAGCCCAAGGCGCCGGCUUCAACCAAUAUCCACGUGCCGCCCCCUCGGUUUUGGCAUUGUGCAGCAUUCGACCCGGACGCGAACUCGAUGUUUGUGUUUGGGGGCAAAGACCUGUACUCUGUCUACGGCGACAUGCGCCAAUUGCAUGACAUGCGGACGUGGUCAACUGUGGCAGCGCUGGGGCAGCCACCGUCUCCGAGGUUUGGGGCGACGAUGCAGUGGCUAGGACCAGGCCAACUCGCCAUCUUGGCAGGAUGGGAAGCUCGUCCUGUCCCCCUUCGCGACGAAAACCGAUGGCUCGACGUGUUCAUUUUGGACGUGGUGGCAGGCAUUUGGUCGCGGCCCCACCUGUCGGCGCACUUCUUGGGCCGCACUAUCCCGACGGAACGCAUGCUGGCCGCAACAUUCCUGCUUGAUUCCACGACACUGGUUGUGUUUGGGGGCUACACUUACGGUCGUGACGCCAGCGUACGCGAUGAGCGCCCCUGGUUCGAACUGGAGCCGCCCCCUCGGACGGUGGGGCUCCCCACUCCGACGCGCUACAUGCACGGCAUGAAAUUGGAGCCCGUACCAGACCAAGCCAUCUUUACGCUCAAGUUGGAUGUGAUGGUGUGGCGGCGGCAGCCGCGGCACGCUAUGUCUCUCCCCACAUCCGUGAUGUGUGGGGCUGGCGCCGUGUGGCGAGGUCAAGGCAUCCUAGCGGCCAUCUCCCACCACACUCUGACCGAGAUGGAACUCGUGGCCGUGAUGGCAACGCCGACGACGACGCUGGCGACGAUGGAGAAGGAGUUCUUGCUGCACAUGGUGGAGAAGUUCCAGGAGGAGCCGCAGUUCUGGCUCCUUGUCGCGGCCCUCAUCUGCAUCCCGCUCUUGGUUGUGUCGCUUCUCGCCGCCACAUCCCUUAUUCGCAGCAUCGACGACGACGAGAGCGCAAAGAAGUCCCAGUAG